CGGAGGGUCCGACAGACAGACGCUGCAUCCGCUGCCGAUGACUGCUGCUUCUGCGCAUCGCUGCACCGGAUCUUUAACUUAAUAUAUCUCAGGAUUGUGUGUGUGUGUGUGUGAGGAAAGUUUAUUUUUCCUUCACUCGCCAACGUUGUUUCCUACACCGGUGGACCCUAAUUUACCUUUUUAAAAUUGUAUUUUUGUGGGAUAUUUCUAACAAGAUGCCUGCAGAUAUGAUGGAAAAAACAUCCUCCUCCCCGGUGGCUGCAACCCCGGCGAGCAUGAAUACAACGCCAGAUAAACCCAAGACAGCCUCUGAGCACAGAAAGUCAUCCAAGCCGAUCAUGGAGAAGAGGAGACGAGCCAGAAUCAAUGAGAGCCUGGGGCAACUCAAAACUCUCAUCCUGGAUGCGCUGAAAAAAGAUAGCUCCAGACACUCCAAACUGGAGAAGGCGGACAUCCUGGAGAUGACCGUGAAGCAUCUCCGGAACCUGCAGAGGGCUCAGAUGACCGCCGUCCUGAACACCGACCCGACAGUUUUGGGAAAAUACCGAGCUGGUUUCAGCGAGUGCAUGAAUGAAGUCACGCGAUUCCUGUCUACCUGCGAAGGUGUUAACACGGAGGUCAGGACGCGGCUCCUCGGACACUUGGCCAACUGUAUGACGCAGAUCAACGCCAUGAACUACCCCAGCCAACACCAGCACCAGCUCACCUCCACGGCGGGUCCGACGCACCCCUCCUUCGGCCAGUCCAUGGUGCAAAUCCCCAGCUCCUCCCCGCAGGUUCUGCCCAUGAAUGCGGUGUCUUGUAAAGGGAGCUCCUCUCCGGCCAGCUUGCCUUCAGACGCCACCAAAGUGUACGGCGGUUUCCAAAUCGUGCCUGCCACAGACGGACAGUUUGCUUUCCUCAUACCGAAUGCGGCUUUUGCGCCAAACGGCCCCGUUAUCCCCGUGUACCCAAACAGUGUCAGCACGCCGGUGCCCGUGCCUGCUGCCGUUUCUCCCGGAGCCCCGUCAGGCAACACGGACUCAGUGUGGCGGCCCUGGUGAGAGGGGCGGAUUUUAAAGACGCUUAAUAGUUUCCUCCUUGUUCAAUAUUAGAAAACGUUGCUUUGAAUCUUCUUUUUUUCUUAUUCUUGCAAAUGGAAAGAGUAUGCACUAUAUUUGUACAGCUACCAAGGGAGUAAAGUUCAUAUUGAAAUGAGAUUCGUAAUGUGGAAGUCCGUUCACUGCAUUUUUUUAUAAAUAUAUUGUUUGAUUGUUUUUUUGUUUGUUUUUUAACUGUGUGAUGCCAAAGAUAUGUUCAAUGCUCUUAUAUGCUGUUCUUCAUUUUGGAAGACAAAUAAAUUUGUAAUGAUAUUAAAACCAGA